CAAGUCAGAUGAGUCUUAACUGUGAUAGAGAAAUCAAAGAGCAAAAACAGAAGAAAAAACAAAACACAUUGUCUGUGUUACUCGAACUUGUAUCGAUAUCCAGAUGGGGAACUGAGGAAAAUCAUGGCAUCUGUAACUCUCCUUGGUUGACUGAGCAAAGCGACUCUUUUUUGUUUUGUCUUGGAAACUUUCAGUUGCAGUGGUAUCAUGGCAUCUUUUAUUAUGUGGAUAUACAUAUUCCUAUGUACAGGAAAAGCACUAGGAAACAAUAUCACUGCUGCAAAUCUGCAUUCUGAAAAUAUAACCCGGAUACUUGAUAGGCUGCUGGACGGUUAUGACAACAGACUCCGACCUAGCUUUGGAGGUCCCGUGACUGAAGUCAAAACAGACAUAUAUGUGACCAGUUUUGGCCCUGUAUCAGAUGUCGAUAUGGAAUAUACAAUGGACAUAUUUUUUCGCCAGACAUGGGUUGAUGAACGACUCAAAUUUGAUGGACCAACAGAAAUACUUAGGUUGAACAACUUAAUGGUCAGUAAAAUCUGGACUCCAGACACUUUUUUCAGGAAUGGCAAAAAGUCUAUUGCUCACAAUAUGACAACCCCCAAUAAACUCUUUCGGAUCAUGCAGAAUGGAACAGUGCUCUACACAAUGAGGUUGACAAUAAAAGCUGAGUGCCCAAUGAGACUAAUGAAUUUCCCAAUGGAUGGACAUGCCUGCCCUCUAAAGUUUGGGAGCUAUGCCUAUCCAAAAAGCGAAAUAGUCUACACUUGGAAAAAAGGACCAUUGUAUUCUGUUGAGGUACCAGAGGAAUCUUCAAGUCUCCUCCAGUAUGAUCUAGUUGGACAAAAAGUUUCAAGUGAGACACUGUUAUCAAAUACAGGUGAAUAUUCACUACAAGUAGUCAUGUUUUUCCUUCAGAGGAAAAUAGGAUACUAUAUCAUUCAUACAUACAUCCCAUGCAGCAUGACUGUUGUUCUGUCUCAAGUUGUCUUUUGGAUCAACAAAGAAUCAGUUCCAGCCCGGACUGUUGCUGGUAUCACAACUGUUCUAACAAUGACCACAUUGAGUAUAAGCGCCCGUCAUUCCUUCCCGAAAGUCUCAUAUGCAACGGCAAUGGACUGGUUCAUAGCAGUGUGCUUUGCCUUUGUAUUUUCCGCAUUAAUUGAGUUUGCUGCUGUGAACUAUUUUACUAAUCUCCAGAUUCAGAAAACAAUGAUGAAGGCUGCCAAGAAAGCAGCUCUAGCAGCGGCAACUGCAAGGGCAGAAAAUGAGUUUGUUACGCUUUCCGACUCAAACUGCAAUUUAAAAAAAAGAAUCAAUUCAGUGGCCUCUCAAGGGAACCAGUCAACUGAAGGCGACUUGCCACUCUAUGAAGAUUCCCCAUAUAAUGAACAAACCGAUAUCCCCACCAGAGAUCAUAUGCUAUCGGAUACCACCUCCAGUCAGCACACAGGAACCAGUAAAAUAGACAAGUAUGCUAGAAUUCUGUUUCCACUGUCGUUUGCUGGAUUCAACUUGGUUUAUUGGGUUGUUUAUUUAUCAAAAGACACAAUGGACAUUAUACGCAGUGACUGAACCCAAAAGUUACAAAAGAAUUGUAAUGAGUAUGAAGAGUAUGGCAUUAAAGAAAAUCCAGCAAGAUCCCUGCCUUAAAAGAGACAAUGUCAAUAACAGUCAUGUAAAUAAGGAAUAUUGUUUGUAGUUAAAUGGACAACAUAAUAUUAUAUUAUUAUACCAUUAUGAAAAAUAAAUGUUAAUAAAUGAUUUUCUGAAUAAAGUGUACAAAUGAUCCAGUUAUUACAAAUAAAAAAUACUGCAUUUUUGACG